AUGGGGGCAGGAGUCUCAGGGAUUAUAAGAGUCAAGUAUGGAGAGUGUGGGCAAGGCUCCAAGGAUAGGUCAAGUCUCAUCACACACCAGAGGACACACACAUGGGAGAAGCCCUAUGUUUGCAUGGAGUGUGGACAAAGCUGCAGUCAGAAGUCCCAUCGCAUCAGACAACAGAAGACACACAGGGGAGUAGCCCUAUGUUUGUGGAGACUGUGGGCACAGUUUCAGUCAAGUCAGGUGUCAUCACACACGAGAGGACACACGCUGGGGAGAAACCGUAUCUUUGAGGAGAGUGUGGGUGAAGCUUCCGUUAGAAGUCAGUUCGCAGAGAGCAGAGGACACACAGGGGAGAAGCCCCGUUUGUGGGGGCUGUGGGUGAAACUUCAGUGUGAGGUCCAAUCUCAUCAGACUCCAGAAGAGAGACACAGGGGAGAAGACCUAUGUUUGUGGAGACUGGGCAGAGUUUCAGUGAGAAGUCCCAUCCCAUCAGACAACAGAAGAUAG